CCAGUUUACCCACAAUUAAAUGGAAGUUCGUUGCUGAAAUCUGUACACGGGACGAUGUCGAUCAUAUUGCCACCUUAAAAAACCGUUGCCAUGAGAAUCGUUGUCGAUUGCAACCAUCAAAUUACAGCAUCCAGAUAUGCCAUGAAAUGAUGUCCCAAAACCCAAACUUCAAGCACCCAACCCUCCAACUCUUGGAAAAAUGCCAGACCCUGCACGCCAUUAAGCAAGUCCAUGCCCAUAUGCUCACAACCGGUCUCGCCCUCCACACUUACCCUCUCAGCAGACUCCUCCUCUUCUCCUCCGCCGUUUCCAUAGCCUACGCACUCUCGAUCUUCAAUCAAAUUCCAAACCCGACAAUCUUCCUCUUCAACACUCUCAUUUCCUCGCUCGUCACCAAUGGCGGACACAACACCUACAGUGUCUGUUCACUUUACAACCGAGUUCUCUCUCACCAGACCCUCAAACCCAAUAGCUUCACCUUUCCAUCUCUCUUCAAGGCUUUUGGGUCUGACCCAUGGUUCCAACACGGUCGAGCCCUCCACACCCAUGUCUUGAAAUUCCUUGGAUCCACACAUGACCACUUCGUCCAAGCCUCGUUGCUCAAUUUCUAUGCCAAGUGUGGCAGAGUCGGUGUGUCUAGAUAUUUGUUCGAUCAAAUUAGGGAACCGGAUUUAGCGUCGUGGAACUCUAUUUUAGCUGCUUAUGCGCAUAGUACGAGUACUGAGUGUAUUAGCAGUGCCAGUAACGGUUGCGAUAGUAGUUUGUCCUUGGAGGCUUUGUAUUUGUUUAAAGACAUGCAACGAUCCUCAGUUAGGCCUAAUGAAGUUAGCAUUGUUGCUUUAGUUAGCGCUUGUGCUAACUUGGGUGCUCUUAUUCAAGGUACAUGGGCACACUCUUACGCAUUGAGGAACAAUCUUAAACUAAACCGCUUUGUGGGAACAGCACUAAUGGACAUGUAUUCAAGAUGUGGGUGUCUGGAUUUAGCGCACCAGUUGUUUGAUCAAUUGAACGAAAGGGACGCAUUGUGUUACAAUGCCAUAAUUGGUGGAUUCGCAAUUAAUGGUUAUGGACAUCGGGCACUUUGCCUUUAUGAGAAAAUGAAGAUUGAGGGAAUAGUUCCUGAUGAUGUUACGUUUGUAGUUACCAUGUGUGCUUGCUCACAUGCGGGUUUGGUAGAGGAGGGCUGUAAGGUUUUCGAGUCUAUGGAAGAGGUUUAUGGGAUUAAGCCAAAACUUGAGCAUUAUGGCUGCCUGGUGGACCUUCUAGGACGAGCCGGGAGGCUAAAGGAGGCUGAGGAAAGGAUUCAGACCAUGCCAAUGAAACCAAAUGCCAUUUUGUGGAGGUCUUUACUUGGGGCUGCCAGCGUUCAUGGAAAUUUGGAGAUGGGGGAAGUUGCACUUAAAAACUUGAUACAAUUAGAACCAGAAAGCAGUGGGAACUAUGUGCUUUUAUCAAAUAUGUAUGCAAGUAUUGAUAGAUGGGACGAUGUCAAUAGAGUUAGAAAGCUGAUGAAAGAUCAUGGGGUUAACAAAAUGCCCGGAAGCAGCUUGGUUGAAAUUGGGGUGCCAUGCAUGAGUUCCUAAUGGGGGAAAAAGCACACCCACAAACAAAAGGCAUUUAAAGCUAAAAGAGAUUAACAAAAGAUUAUCUGAAUAUGGUCACAAGCCAAGAACAAAGGAAGUGCUGUUUGACAUUGAAGAGGAAGAAAUGGAAGGUGCCCUCUCUUGCCAUGGUGAGAGGCUAGCUAUGGCUUUCUCUUGGCAUCUUAAUCGAGUGCCCCUAUCCGAAUCAUUAAAAACCUUCGGGUUUGUCAUGAUUUCCAUGUGAGUACUAAGCUUAUUCCCGUGAUAUAUGAAAGAGAAAUUAAUUAUAACAAGGGAUCGAAAUCCUUUUUGUCAUUUCAAAGAUGGAAUUUGUUCUUGUCUGGACAAUUGCUGAUAGUCUCCAUUGAUUACAAUGUCUAUUCCCUGCAUCUGAAAAAGAAAAGGACAGGAGAAUAUCACGUGUAUUUAACUCGGACAUGUAAAUUCGAUA